CUAGCGGUCUUGCCGGAUCAUGAUGCCACAAACAAGUUUGCCGCCUGGAUCGCUCGAGAAAUGGCGGCCGUGUCAGAGCGCGCUCAUGCUAUGGCGGUGUCAGCAGAGCCCACGCACAAGAUGGCGGCCGCGCCGGAGCGCGUUAACGCGGUAGCGGCGACAGCGGAGCCCGUUCAUACGAUGGCGGCGGCGCCAGUGCGCGUUCACAAAAUGGCGGCGACUGCGGAGGCCGUUUGCAAGAUGGCGGCGGCGCCGCGUGCGCUCACAAGAUGGCGGCGACGGCGGAGCCCGUCCACAAAAUGGCGGCUAUCACAGAGCUCCGUCACGUCACAGCUGCCAUACAAGAGCCAUUCAAAGGUACAGUUACAUUUCCUGAGUCAAGUCAAGUUUCCGAGUCUAGUCUAGUUGCAGCUGUAAUUCCUGAGUCAACUCAAGUUUCCAAGUCAAGUCAAGUUGCAGCUGUGUUUCCUGAGUCAAGUCAAGUUUCCUUGCCGAGCCAAGUUGCAGCCGUAUUUCCUGAGUCAAGCAAGUUUACUGCUGCUGUUCCUGUGUCAAGUCAAGCUGGGGCUGUGUUUCCUGCAUCAGGUCAAGUCAGAGCUGCUCUUCCUAAGGCAAGUCAAGCUAAAGCAGUUCUUCCUGUUUCAAAUCAAGCCAGAACUGUAGUUCCUGUGUCGAGUCAAAUUACAGCUGUCGCUUCUGUUUCAAGUCAAAUUACAGCCACGCCAGAGCCACUGCACAAGAUGGCUGCCACGCCAGAGCCACUGCACAAAAUGGCCGCCGUCUCCAAGCCGCUCCACAAUAUGGCUGCCAUUCCAGAACCUGUGGUCAGGGCCCGGACGCCACCUGUGGUCAUGAUGGCCCACGUGCUGGACACACCCCUAAUGACAGUACGGGCAGCUAAAGUGGCGCUCCUUGUCGCGGCGGCUACCCCUGAGUCAAGUCAAGACACAGAGUCAAGUCAAGCCAAAGCUGUCGUUCUCCAUGAGUCAAGCCAAGUCACAGCUGUUCCCCACGAGUCAAGUCACGUUAUAACUGUUGUUCCUGAGUCAAGUCACGUUACAGCUGUUGUUCCUGAGUCAAGCCAUGUUGUUCCUGAGUCAAGUCAGGCUACAGCUCAAGCUUCCAAGUCCAGUCAAGCUUCCAAGUCCAGUCAAGCUUCCGCCAUCAUCCCUGAGCCCGAGUCUGCACUGCUCAAGAGGGCCGCCACGCCAGUGCUUGACGCAAAGAUUACCACUAACGCCACGUCAGCCCAGCCAGCGCCUGCUAACGCCACGUCAGCCCAGCCAGCGCCUGCUAACGCCACGUCAGCCCAGCCAGCGCCUGCUAACGCCCCGUCAGCCCAGCCAGCGCCUGCUAACGUCACGUCAGCCAGGCCACAACCGGUCAAGGUCAUGUCUGCCUCUUCUGAACCUGCACCAGCUGCUGUUUCUACUAAGUCAAGUCAAGUCACAGCCAAGUCAAGUCAUGUUCCAGCUGUUCCUACCAAGUCAAGUCACGUCACAGCCGUUCAAACCAAGCCAAGCAAGGUCACAGCCGUGGCUCCCGGGUCAAGCAAGGUCACAGUCGUGGUUCCUGAGUCAAGUAAAGUCAAUGAUCUUCACAAGCCAGUUCAAGCCACCGCUGGUCUUCACGUAUCAAAUCAAGUCACCGCUGAUCUCCAAGAGUCAAAGUCCAGUCACGUCCCGCCUGACGGCCCAGAGUCCAGUCACGUCCCGCCUGACGGCCCAGAGUCCAGUCGCGUCCCGCCUGACGGCCCAGAGUCCAGUCGCGUCCCGCCUGACGGCCCAGAGUCCAGUCGCGCCCCGCCUGACGGCCCAGAGUCCAGUCGCGUCUCGUUUGACCGCCCAGAGCCUUGUCACAUCAUGUCUGCCAGUGUGAUGGCAACCGCAAUCCUCAGCAUCUGGGCCGCAAGCUACGCUCCAGAGAACUUGACGACGACUCCAGAAGUCCUACCCGUCGUCAAGUCUGUGCCAGAGGUCUCGUCUGACCUCCCUGAGCCUUGUCACGUCAUGUCUCCUAGCGUGUUGGCAAUCGCCAUUCUCAGUGUGUGGGCUGCACACUCAGCUCCAGAGGUCUCAUCUGUUCGCCAGCCAACUCCAGAGCUCCCGUCUGAUCUCAAGUUUGCUUCGGAGGCCCUGUCUGACCACGAGACAGACCCAGAGGCCUCACCAGUUGGAGAAGCCGCGCCAAUGCCUCCUGAGGUGUCAGCUUCGGCUGUAGAUCCUCCUAGGGAGGCGGCGUUCUACCUCAAACUCUCUGCUUCUCCCCUUAUUCUGUCUGCCUCCUCUGUCUCUACUGUUCCUAGGUCCCAGGCCAUAACGCGGUUUCCUGCUCCAGAGGUCCCGUCUGGUCCCAAGUCUGCUCCAGAGGUCCCGUCUGGUCCCAAGUCUGCUCCAGAGGUCCCGUCUGACCUCAAGUCCGCCCCUGAGGCCUUCCCCGUAGGAGAAGCUGCGCCAAUGCCUCCAGAGGUGCCAGCGUCAGCUGUGGAACCUCUUAUGGAGGGGGCGUUCACCUCAAUACUCUCUGCUUCUCCCCUUCUUCUGUCUGCCUCCUCUGUCCCUGUUCUCCCCAGGUCCCAGUCCAUGACAGAGCCACCUGUUCCGCCCGGAGAGCUGCGGCACCUCCUGCGACAAGGAGCAUAUGGGUGGAAUCAUCUGAAAGCCCACACAGGGGCCUCUAAGGUCUGUGAGUGGGAGAAGUUUAAAAGAGAGAAAAAUCCUCUUUUCUCUUUCUCUCCCUCAUCAGAGUCUGUUUCCACCUCAGGAGGCUGUUUGGUGAUCCAAGGAUGGGAGAUGCAGGUACGGUGUCAUGCUGCUGGGACAAGUGAAGUCAGCAAAUUGCACUGCUGCAGGCCGGUAAGGGUACGGACAGGAGCCGAUGACUGGUGGGAUGACUUUGAUAACAUCCUGACUUAA